UACAAACACACACACAAAAACACAAACACACACACACACACAGAGUGCUGUGCACGUGAGUGUGCUCGUGACUGUUAAGUGUGCAGAUCCUCUGAGCAGCGAGGCCUUUGUGCUGCAGAUUAGCCCGUUAGCUAUGUCUGGUAUGCUGAAGGAAAUCCUGCUGAGCUGCAGAAGAAGAAGCCUCAACCUGAAACUCAAAACUACAGCACAGGGUCAGAGCUUUCAGCUGUAUCACAUGGUCUUCAUCAGUAAACUUUGGACGAGGUUUAGAUCAGAAUAGUUACUGCGCUCACCUGUCAACAAACUCAUCUCCAUGACAACCCAGCAAACUUGACGCUGAUGAAGACCAUGAGAUGUGGUAGAAAGCUCAAGAAAAGAUGUCUGUAAAGUGUGAACAGCUUUUGGAUUCAUGGAGGAGCAGAUUGACCUCCGAUGUUAAAACAAUAAAACUCAGCCAGUAGAUUUAAAGAUUAGUCGGCUGCUGUUUGUUGUGACACCGCUGGAUGUUACCUGCAGGGACGCUCUAAUGAAACACUGUCUAGGUGCAUUAUGGGAAAUGUAGGACUCUAACUAGAGACUAAAAGUCAGGAUAUCUGCACCUCUGCUGCUCAGAUUUGAACCUUUUUCAACAAUGAACGUUCAGUCUUUCAAUAAAGUAAAAUAAAGAAGAAAAUAAAGUUCUAAUAAAUGUAGUUUAAUUGUAAAAUGCAGGAAAAAAACAUGUUUCUGAGAGAGUGGAAGCAUUUAUCCCUGCUGACUUUUUUUCUUUCUGCUGGCUUUCACCCAGAUUAGUGAGCGUUUGUGUGUUUUUUAAGCCGUUGGACUCGUGUUCAGCAACAGGUUUUGGUUUCAGGAUGAAGUCUGCUGUUGUGUUUCUGCUGCUGCUCUGUUUGUCUCCAGCCGUCAGUCAGGGACAGACGGAGCCUUCAGUCCUGCAGGUAGAGGACAGCAGCGCGGGAUUAGACGAUGUGACGACAAAGGCGGACGUCCCUCCGGAGCUCCCCGUCCUCUGGGACGAGCUGCGGGGGCUGAGGCGGCUGGUCCUGAGCCUGAAGGCGGAGGAGGUGGAGCGGCGUCUGGCCCUGCGCGGCGUGGAGAGCCGGCUGAGGGAUGGAGAGGUGGAGGCUGAGCAGCGGCGACGCAGCCUGGAUGGACUGGAGGGGAGGACGGAGACGGACCGGAAGCUGCUGACGGAGCUGAACGCUGCUCUGACGAGGAAGGUGGAGGAGCUGCAGGAGCAGAGUGCAGUGCAAGCAGCUGAGCUGUCAGCUGAUCUGUUGUCGCUGCAGUCCAGACUGAACGCCAGCGAGAGCUCAGUGGAAGACCUGAAGAUGAAGAACACAGCUCUGGCCGCUGAGCUGCCAUUCCUGCAGACCAGACUGAGGGCGAGUGAGAGCACAGUGGAGCAGCUGAGGAGGAAGAGCGCAGUUCUAGCAGUCAGACUGUGUAACACUGAGAGUCUGAUGGAGGAUCUGAGGAGGCAAAACUCAGCAUUCUCAGCCUCCAACAGCUCGUCUCAGUCUGCAGCGUCGGAGCUGGAGAGUCGACUGAACGUCCGUCUGGAGGAGCUGAACUCAAACACUGAAGCUCUGCAGAGUCGACUGAACUCCCUGCAGGAACAACUGAACACGUCUGCAGAUGGAGAACUGAGCUUCAUACGUGAUGAGGUGUCGGAGGUCAGAGACAGACUGAACUCCAGCCAGCUUCACCUGGACGAGCUGGAGAGACUCACUGCAGAUCAAACCAGUCGACUGUGGUCUGUAGAGAGUCGACUGAUGGACGCAGAGAGACGACUGGACGAGCUGAAGACAGAAAACUCAGGUCUGACUGACAGACUGACCCUCGGUGAGCGACGGCUGGACGAGCUGCAGACACAAACCUCAGAGAGGAUGUUUGUUCUGUCAGCUCUGAACAGCAGAGAGACAGAAACCGCAGCUGUCAGCAGCUCAGCGACUCUGGAAGAAAAUCUGUCGGCUGUGAAGAGUCGACUACAGCAGCUGGAGACGAACAACACAGAGCUGCAGGUGAGACUGAGAGUCAGCGAGAAACAGCUGGAGGGUCAGGAGGUCAGACUGAACUCUGCAGAGAGUCUCAUGCAGCGGCUGCAGACUGACACCGCAGAUCAAACAUCCAAACUGAUGAGAAAACUGAACACGACUGAGAGUCUGCUGAACAGACUGACGACUGAAAACACAAAGUUGGAGGUCAGACUGAGAGUCAGUGAGGAACAGCUGGAAGAUCUGAAGUCAGAAAACACAGUUCAGUCUGUUCAACUUUCCUUGAUGGAGUCCAGACUGACAGACAGCCACAACAACACUACAGCUCUGGAGGUCAGACUGAGUCUCAGUGAGGAACAGCUGGAAGAUCUGAAAUCAGAAAACACAGUUCAGUCUGAUAAACUUUCCUUCAUGGAGUCCAGACUGACAGACAGCUACAACAACACAACAGAGUUGGCGGUCAGACUGAGAGUCAGUGAGAAACAGCUGGAAGAUCUGAAGUCAGAAAACACAGAGUUGGAGGUCAGACUGAGAGUCAGUGAGAAACAGCUGGAAGAUCUGAAGUCAGAAAAUACAGUUCAGUUUGAUAAACUUUCCGUCAUGGAGUCCAGACUGACAGGAUGCCACAACAACACUACAGCUCUGGAGAUCAGACUGAGAUCUACUGAGACACAGCUGGAGCAGCUGGAGACUCUCAGUUCAGCUCUGGAGGUCAGACUGAGAGUCAGUGAGGAACAGCUGGAAGAACUGAAGUCAGAAAACACAGUUCAGGCUGAUAAACUUUCCUUCAUGGAGUCCAGACUGACAGAAAGCCACAACAACACUACAGAUUUGGAGGUCAGACUGAGAGUCAGUGAGGAACAGCUGGAUGAUCUUGAGGCUGAAAACACAGUUCAGUCUGAUAAACUUGCCUUGAUGGAGUCCAGACUGACAGAAAGCCACAACAACACCACAGAGUUGGAGGUCAGACUGAGAGUCAGUGAGAAACAGCUGGAAGAUCUGAAGUCAGAAAACACAGUUCAGUUUGAUAAACUUUCCUUCAUGGAGUCCAGACUGACAGACAGCCACAACAACACUACAGAGUUGGAGGUCAAACUGAGAGUCCAUGAGAAACAGCUGGAAGAACUGAAGUCAGAAAACACAGUUCAGUUUGAUAAACUUUCCUUCAUGGAGUCCAAACUGACAGAAAGCCACAACAACACAACAGCUCUGGAGGUCAGAUUGAGAUCAACUGAGACACAGCUGGAGCAGCUGGAGACUCUCAGUUCAGCUCUGGAGGUCAGACUGAGAGUCAGUGAGGAACAGCUGGAAGAUCUGAAAGCUAAAAACACAGUUCAGUCUGAUAAACUUUCCUUCAUGGAGUCCAGACUGACAGACAGCCACAACAACACAUCAGAGUUGGAGGUCAAACUGAGAGUCCAUGAGAAACAGCUGGAAGAUCUGAAGUCAGAAAACACAGUUCAGUUUGAUGAACUUUCCUUCAUGGAGUCCAAACUGACAGAAAGCCACAACAACACUACAGCUCUGGAGGUCAGAUUGAGAUCUACUGAGACACAGCUGGAGCAGCUGGAGACUCUCAGUUCAGCUCUGGAGGUCAGACUGAGAGUCAGUGAGGAACAGCUGGAAGAUCUGAAAGCUAAAAACACAGUUCAGUCUGAUAAACUUUCCUUCAUGGAGUCCAGACUGACAGACAGCCACAACAACACUACAGAGUUGGAGGUCAAACUGAGAGUCCAUGAGAAACAGCUGGAAGAUCUGAAGUCAGAAAACACAGUUCAGUCUGAUAAACUUUCCUUCAUGGAGUCCAGACUGACAGACAGCCACAACACCACCACAGCUCUGGAGGUCAGACUGAGAUCUACUGAGACACAGCUGGAGACUCUCAGUUCAGCUCUGGAGGUCAGACUGAGAGUCAGUGAGAGACAGCUGGAAGAUCUGAAAACAGAAAACACAGUUCAGUUUGAUAAACUUUCCCUCAUGGAGUCCAGAUUGACAGAAAGCCACAACAACACUGCAGAGUUGGAGGUCAGACUGAGAGUCAGUGAGGAACAGCUGGAAGAUCUGAAGUCAGAAAACACAGUCCAUGACACCGAGCUGUCAGCUGUGACUCUGAGACUGAACGUCACUGAGGAGCAGAUGGUUGAGCUGAGGACACAAAACACAGCUGCAGCUGCUGAGCUGACGUCUGUUUCCGUCAGACUGACGGCAGCUGAGACGGAGACUGAAGCAUUGCAGGUCAGACUGAGAGCCAGUGAGGAGACGGUGAGCGAGCUGAGGACAGAGAACGAAGAAAUCUCCUCCAGACUGGAAACUGCUGAGAGUCUGAACACAGCGCUGCAGUCGAGGAUGAACGAGCUGAAGAGGCACGCUGAAGUUCUGGCAGAUGAAGUUUCUUCUCUGUCAGCUGCAGUGAUGUCCAACAAGAACCAGACUGACGGUUUUCAGCUCAGACUGAUCCAGCAGCUGCAGAACCAAAGUUCAGAGUUUGACGGCAGACUGAGCGUCAGAGAGAAACAUCUGGAUGAGCUGAAGGCAGAAAGUUCAGUUUUGAGCUUCAGACUGAACGAGACUGAAGAUCGUCUGCAGAAACUCACAAACACAAACUCAGACGAGAUGAAGGUGGCGUUCUCAGCCGGUCUGACCGAUUCAGGAUCAGUCGGACCGUUUGAUGACGAGACGACUCUGAUCUUCUCCAAAACCAUCACCAACAGCGGCGGAGCCUACAACCAGACUGCAGGCGUCUUCACGGCUCCUCUCAGAGGACUUUACUUCUUCAGCUUCACGGCUGCAGAUUACCUGAAAGGCUACAUGGGUCUGUACCUGCACAAGAACAACCAGCCGAUCAUCUUCAACCUGGACCUGAACGACCACGGCGGCUACGCCUCCACGUCCAACAGUGUGGCUCUGCAGCUGGAGGAGGGCGACACGGUCCGCCUCCGUCUGCCGGGCAGCUACCGGCUCUACGACGACUCCCGAAACUUCAGCGUGUUCUCCGGCUUCCUGCUGUUCCCGCUCUGACAGCAGAGCCUCAGGAUCAGGGUACGAGUGAGACAUCCUCUCAGCAAUAAACUAUCUUCUGCAUUAUCAGACUGGAACCUGGACAGACGACAUCAUGAACAUAUUUUUACUGUAAAUUAUGACAACAGUCACGUUUACUUCUAUUAAGGUCAUAAAAAAGUAUAAAGUGCAGAAGUAUUAUCAGGUGCUGUGGAAAAACAUGUAAAAAUACUUCAUUACAAGUAAAAA